AACAUUGACGGAAGAAUGUGACGGGAAAGUGCGGAUAGUUUGUCUGGUUACACAUUUCCGUCCAAAUGGAAACAGAGUUUUAAACAGAGGAUUUUGAAGAGGACGACGAGAGAAUCGGAGGCAGUGAUUAAAUUGACACAUCUUUCUGUUUCAGAUUGAGUUCGUGGUUCUAUGUGCAUAACGUCCUUAUGACUUCGUCUGUGGAUGAUCUUUCUGAGAAUAGUGAAACUGACGAGCAACAAAAACACUCAGAAACUCAGAUUGAGUCUUCAUCCCCGACAAAUGGACUAGUGCACCCUGAAAUCGCAAACACAAAUGUUCAGUAUGCAACAAUUCCACAACUUGGAGCAGAACAGCCUAUGGCACCAACCACUUAUCCGUAUCCAGAUCCCUACUACAGAAGCAUAUUUGCACCCUAUGAUUCGCAGCCAUCAUAUCCUCUGCAGUCUUAUGGUGUACAACCAAUGGUUCACUUUCAGUUAAUGGGAAUUCAGCAGGCCGGAGUUCCGUUGCCGUCAGAUGCUGUUGAGGAGCCUGUAUUUGUAAAUGCAAAGCAAUAUCAUGGUAUCUUGAGGCGUCGACAAUCACGCGCAAAAGCUGAGUCAGAAAAUAAAGUUAUCAAGUCUCGUAAGCGGUACUUGCAUGAAUCUCGACAUUUGCAUGCUCUAAAAAGAGCUAGAGGAUGUGGUGGUCGGUUCCUCAAUUCAAAGAAGUCUGACGACCAACAAACGGAGACAGUGUCAGGUGACAAUAUCAACCUCAACUCCGAGAAAAGUGCUCUUGCUUCUUCAGAUGCCACAUCUUGAUAGAUCGUGACACGGUAAAGCAAAAUCAAAGCAGUGGUCUGCAAAAUAGUUAUUAAAAGUUGCUACCGAGGAAGCCAAGUUCUUUAUAUCAACUUCAGUAGUCUUAGUCUGCUUCUCGAUGGCUAGAGCUUACAGUUCAGUCUUGUGCAUAUUUAUUGAUUAGGUGGUCUGGAUGAAAAUUGCUAAAGAUGAAAUAGGCAAUGACAUUACAGCCCAGUCACAUCAUGUUCGUCUUGGUGGGCCGUUGUAGCAAUGUCCUCAUUUCGAUAUUGCGGCUGAGCUGUUGAGGUUAAAGAAUUUUUAGGGCUAUAUUGUAGUCAAAUUUGUAACCUUAUAAAUUGGUGGAGGGUGUCACUUUUCUUUAGCCAUAGACUAGAUAUGUUGUUGCUAUGUAGCAUAAGUUCCUUUAUUACCUAUUACUCUCCGAGUCUCGACUUAUCCAAUAAAUUUUUUUUUAGUUAUAUAGGUGUAAAGUGUAAUAGUAACUUGUGCUUUGAUGAAAUGGUAUCCUGAAGAUGAAUGGGAAUUGGGAACAA